CGCAGCAAAAAGUGAGGUCAACAGUUUUCCUAAAAAAAAUAAAAGAGUCAAAGCAACCGACGACCUCGGCCAGUGGAGAGGAGGGGAACAGGUGGACGUCCAUGGACGCCACGGCGGAUCCCCUGCUGCCCCAGCCGGCAGCCGCCGUGGACCACCUCGGCCGCCCAGUAUCCCGCCUCACCUCCGGCCGGUGGCCCGCCGCGUUCUUCAUCAUCGGCGUGGAGAUCUCCGAGCGGUUCGCCUACACCGGCAUCUCAGGGAACCUCAUCGCCUACCUCACCGGACCGCUAGGGCAGUCCACGGCGUCGGCCGCCGCGACCAUCAACGCCUGGAACGGCGUCGCGCUUCUGCUGCCGCUGCUCGGCGUGGCCGCCGUCGCCGAUUCCUGGCUCGGCCGUUACCGGACCGUAGUCUGUGCCUCUCUGCUCUACAUCCUGGGCCUGGGCAUGCUCACGCUAUCAUCAAUUCUUGCCACACAACUACCAAAUCAAUUUGGAGACCGCAUGGAUUCUGCUCUAUACUCGACUUCGACUGCUCAUUUACCUUUCUUCUACAUCUCCCUGUAUAUGGUGGCCUUUGCUCAAGGUGGGCACAAACCUUGUGUGCAAGCAUUUGGGGCAGACCAAUUUGAUGAGAAGGACCCUGAAGAAUAUGCCUCGAGGAGUUCCUUCUUCAACUGGUGGUAUUUUGGGACUUAUGGAGGCACUCUUGUUACAGUUUCAAUCUUGAAUUACAUUCAAGAUAACAUAAGCUGGCAGUAUGGGUUUGGAAUCCCGUGCGUCGUCAUGUCUCUUUCUCUUGCAGUUUUCUGGCUUGGGACCAGGACUUACCGCUUUUACCCUGUUAGAAGUGAUGGAAGUCUAUUUGGAGAGGUUCGCAGAUACCUUUUAUCAUUAAUUAGAACCUGGCAUGCAUCAUGGUGUUUGAGAUCACCUGAUGAUUCUCACUGCAUGCCAACAUCGACAUCCAGCGAAGCCAAGGAUAAUGCAGAAAUGAUAUGUUUCCCUGAUGAAGCCAAGUCAGUGCUUAAGUUGUUUCCGAUAGGAGCAACCUGCCUGAUCUAUGCAGUUGUUUAUGCCCAGUGGAUGACGAUGUUCACUAAACAAGCAAGUACACUAGAUAGGUGGGUAGGUAGCCUACAUGUACCAGCUGCUUCCCUACAAAGCCUGAUCAGCGUGUCAAUCAUCAUCUCAAUCCCUAUAUAUGACCAGAUACUCGUUCCGCUAGCCAGAAAGUACUCAAAGAACCCCAGUGGUAUCACACCCUUGCAAAGGAUUGGAGCUGGACUAGCCAUCUCUGUGGUCUUGAUGGUUGUCGCGGCCCUUGUGGAGAUGAGAAGGCUCAGGAUAGCCAGAGAAUAUGGCCUAGUGGACAAACCUGAAGCGACCAUUCCGAUGAGCUUUUGGUGGAUGGUACCCCAGUUUGUCCUGGCCGGUCUGGCAGACAUGUUCACAGUGGUCGGCCUGCAAGAAUUCUUCUAUGACCAAGUGCCGGAGGAUCUGCGCAGCAUGGGCCUUGCCUUAUACCUGAGCAUACUCGGGGCCGGGAGCUUCGCCAGUGGCAUUCUGGUGUACGCAAUCGACUGGGUAACCAGCAACGGCGGAGAUAGUUGGUUCUCGGACAAUCUAAACCGCGGUCAUCUCGAUUACUUCUACUGGCUUCUGGCCGUGCUCAGUGUUCUCGGGCUGGCUGCUUUUCUUUACUUUUCACAAGUGUAUGUCCACAAGAAAAAGGGCAUUUCAGCACAAUGAUGGUAUGCGAAGGGACUGGAACUGAGAUGCCUGAAAUCCAUGGGUUGUCGCCCAUAGCCUUUUCAGAGUCCAUGAAUCUGGAAGAUGGGCUGAAGCUUUGCUUUAGGCUGUUGUACAUAUAUAAUAGGACAUUCUUCGUAAAUACGUAAAGUCACCACCGUAAGUUGAGGCGAAUGAUCGGGCCUGCUUG